AUGUCAGCUUCACCUCCGGAUAGGUCCUCUGCGAAGCAGCCUCGGCCUCUAGCUUGCAUGCUAUGCCAACGUCGGAAGGUCAAGUGUGACCGGAAAUAUCCGUGCGUAAAUUGUGUCAAGUCCAAGACAACAUGUAGCCCUAGCAUUCCGGCACCCGUGCGAAAGCGGAGGCGUCCUAACGCGGAGCUGCAAGCUAGACUUGCUCGUUGCGAGGAGCUUCUAGCUCGAUAUGCAGCUUCAAGCAAUGGGCCUCUGGAAGACAGCAGCACAAUUGCCCCGCCACAGUCUUUUAGCAUUCCUCAGUACGAGAAUCAUGAAAUCAACUGGAAGCCGGCCGGGAAGCUUGUGACGGAAGAUGGCGCUGUGCGUUUCACGGACAAUUUCCUAUGGACCACCGUUUACGAAGAGCUACGUGGAAUGAGACAACUUGUGGAGCAGGAAGACGACACGGUUGAGGCUGAACCCCACGACUGGGACUCCGGAGCUUCAAUGCCCGACUACAGCGAAUACCUUCUUGUCGGCGGCGAUUUGCCGACUGAGAACUCUCAUGAUCUCUAUCCAAGCCCCGGUCAAGUCUUCGGCUUAUGGCAGAUCUUUCUCGAGAGAGUGAAUUCCCUUACCAAAAUCAUCCACGCCCCCACUUUGCAGCAGUCCGUGGUUGAAGCUGCCACUCGACCAGGGACCUUGCCGCACAACAUCGAGGCCCUUCUCUUCGCUGUGUACAGCAUGGCCAUCGUCGCCAUGACUGAUGUUGAGAGCAUUGAAAUGCUAGGUUCCACAUGCAAAGCUGCGUUUCGGCGGUUUUCGUCGGGAUUACGAGCGAGCCUGCUACGGGCAGACUUCCUCAAAUCUCACGAUCUGACAACACUCCAGGCAUUAGUCUUACAUAUUAUGUCAAUACAGGGCAGAUGCAACGUCCAUGGAGCCUGGAUUUUAAACGGUAUCUGUGUACGAAUCGCCCAGAAAAUGGGCCUCCACAGAGAUGGGGAGCUUCUCGGGCUUUCGCCUUUUGAGACUGAGAUGAGACGGCGAAUUUGGUGGCAGAUCUUUAUGUUGGACUCCAAAUUCUCUAUGAUAUCAGGGUUGAGCCAGUCGCUGCUUCCUCGACCUAGCGACUGCAAACUUCCGAAGAAUUUGAAUGAUGCAGAUUUGCAUACGGGUGCCACUGAGCGAUAUCAGGAGCGCGACGGUCCAACAGAAAUGGUAAUCCCACUCUUGGUGUAUCAGGUUGGCUUUUGUAUCCAGCAGCAGCAAGACAUCGAAUCGCUGAUGCUCUACAACGAGUUGAGCACCCUGAGCUCCGGAAGGAGAAGUAAAGUCCAAUCGGCACAGAUCAGCGCCUUUAUCAAAAGCCUCGAGGGUCGACUGAAUGCCGUGAUCGACAAGAACUCCGAUCCUACGGCUGGUCCCGUCCACGAAUUGGCGACCCUUUUGAAGUCUUUGAUACUUCAAAAAGUCCAGGAAACGAGUCGCCCUCCUCAAGAACAACCAGAAUGGGGCUCAGAGAUUUUGAAUCCCAAAGAUAAUCUUUUCAAAUGGUCUGUCAUGACCACCGAGCAGAACAUCAACGCCUACAGGUCGAAUAGACACCCCGAGUUCCACUGGUUUCUCAAGUUGCUUUUCCAGUACGACGUGGCGACUCUCAUGGUCGGCCAGCUCAGCCAGCGAGUGACCGGGGCUAUAGUUGAGCGUGCCUGGCAGCUGGUGCCUUCCAUUUACGAGUUUCAUCCAGAGUUUUUUGACCCUUCUCAGGAUUACAAUAUCGCUCUCGCCAAAUUCACAAUGAAAGCCUGGAAAUGUCGAGUUGACUAUCUUUCCUCUCAGCAAAGAAGGCCGUCGGAAGAGCCAAGCUAUGUGAGGCGCAUCAGACAGGUUCUGGAGUCAUCCUUUAGCAGUUCUGCUACUAAGACCGAGCUGCCGGUUCAUGAAGAUAUGCUGAGCGCCGAGAUCCAGGUUGGAGGACAAGCCUCUAUGGAUCAGCUUUUGUCGACAUACCUCGGUGCAGCUGCAACUUGGGAUCCUCUAGUUAACCCCGAUGAGGAGCGCAUUGAGAGACAACUAUCUACGUUCGAAGGGUUAGACAUGAAGACACCAAGAAGUUGGUGA